CUCUGGAGCACAGCACCGGCACCGGCACCUGCACCAGCACUGGCACACGCUAUGGCAAAUGAAGUGCAAGCCCUGCCCUCCCCGCUGAGAGGGGGGCAUCCUCCUGCAGUAAAAGCUGGAGGAAUGCGGAUUUCCAAAAAACAAGAAAUUGGCGUCUUGGAGAAACACACCAGAAAAACAGGAUUAGAGAAAACAGGUGCCAUUGUAAAUGUUGCCAAAAUACAGCCGGUGGACGCUCUGAAUGACACACUGGAGAAGCUCAGCCAUAAAUUUCCAGCAAUAGUGCACAUGGCACAUCAAAAACCCAGACCUGCUCUGGAGAAGGUCACUCCAAUAAGAAGGAUCUACAUUAUUCAACAGCCUCGAAAAUGUUAAACUGGGACAUAAAACACAGCCAUCUGGCCAACUGCCUCGAACAUCUGACAGCUUAGCAAAAAGGACCAAAACUUUCCUUAGGCUUCAUGCAUUUGCUUGGUAAAUGAAACAGCGUU